AUGGCAGACCACAGCAACGAAGAAGCUAUCGAAAUAAAGGAGACGUCGCUCAACAGCUCCGUGUCUUCGAUAGGCCGCACGCCUCCGACAGCGCUCAAACUGGGCUCCAGUCCCAGUCCGGCCUCUUCACACCGCUCGAGCUUCGCGGAACACAUGCGAGGAACGCCUACAUCACCGCGCGCGUCACGGCAACCUUCGCUCACACAACAAGCUCUGCAAGACCUCUUGAACAACCCACCAACCAAGGGCGGUGACCCAAAGUUCCAGGGACGCGAUUGGAAGUCAGUCAGGCUUGGAGAGAUAGUCGACCCUGACCUAGUCAGAUUUGUGGAAUACGACACCAGUGUUGAGGAUGCGACAAGCAUACUGGUCAAACACGGCGCUCCUAAUGUCGUCCUUCUGCGCGAAGACGCAAACACACGACAUGCGACCGGCACUUUCGAUUACAGCGACCUAAACGCCUAUCUCCUCCUUGUUGUCGGCCUCGCACACCCCGAAGAAGGCGACAUCGCGUCGUUUGACGAGCUUGCAAAGAAGGGAAGAGAAGGAAAGCCUAUACCACUCAAGGACGUGAAGGAGGUCGGCGGUAGGAAAGAGCCCUUGAUUACUCUCGAUGAGACAACAGAUUUGUCCAAGGCUAUAGAAGUCUUUGGAAGCGGCGUGCAUAGGGUCUUGGUCGCAGAACAAGGCACCUCAAAUGUCAAGGGCAUUCUGACGCAGUUGAGAUUGGUGCAGUUCUUCUGGGAAAAUCGAUCAAGCUUCCCAGGUGUCAACCAGCUAUACUCGCAGCUGAUCAAAGACUUGAACCUUGGAUCCAAGACAGUCCUGGCCAUCAAUGGAGAUAAGCCCCUUGCGGCGGCUCUCGAGCUCAUGAAUAACGAAGGCGUAUCGUCUUUACCAGUCCUGGACGCGCAGAAUAACGUUAUCGGCAACAUUUCACACGUGGAUGUCCGCCUCUUGACAAAAUCCACCUCCCUACCGCUACUUCGCUCAUCCUGUAUCCACUUCAUAUCCGUCAUCCUGUCAGAGAGAGGAGUCAACGAUGGCAAGGAUUCCUUCCCCGUCUUCCAUGUCAACCCAUUCAGCACCCUCGCGCAUACUGUGGCCAAGCUGGUCGCAACUCGCUCACACCGCAUGUGGGUCGUCGAUGCACCGUCGCCUGCAUCAUCAGGACCAUCAACUCCUGCAAUAACACCUGCGAUCGUUGUUCCUCCCUCGCCAAUCACACCACUUCCCGGAAUGGCAGGUCCUAUACCUGUCAAUUCGACCGCCCCGACGCACCUUGCCAGCACUGGAGCUGUUGCACCAGCUAUCUCUGCAUCCGCAAUGUCAACCAUGCCAGGGGCUAGCCUCUCUGGUAGACUGAGCGGAGUCAUUAGUCUCACAGAUAUCCUCAAUCUAUUCGCAAGAGCAAGUGGGCUCAAUCCCCAUGAUCCUGAUGAAGCACGACGCGCUAGGCGCAGGUCGAGCUCCAGUAGCAUGAGGCAGAGCAUGGACAGCUCAAGGAGUGAAAGUGUGUCGGCAAUCGCAGGACGAAGGAGCAGCGUAAGCAAGCGAGAAGAAAACGCACCCACGGCUCAGGGAUUAGCUCCCAAGUUCGAUCCCUCCGAGGUGAAGGUCAUUCACCUCCGUGCGACCGGUGGUGAAGUCGGUGCCUCAUCCGCCCUCGCCCCCAAGAUCGGUCCUCUCGGUCUUUCCCCCAAGAAGGUCGGUGAAGAUAUCGCCAAGGCCACUGGUGACUGGAAGGGUCUCCGUGUCACUGUCAAGUUGACCAUCCAAAACCGUCAAGCCGCCGUCUCCGUCGUUCCCUCCGCUUCCUCCCUCGUCAUCAAGGCCCUUAAGGAGCCUCCCCGAGACCGCAAGAAGGAGAAGAACAUCAAGCACACCAAGUCUGUUCCUCUCGAUGAGAUCAUCAGCAUUGCCCGCACCAUGCGCUUCAAGUCCAUGGCCAAGGACCUGAAGGGUACCGUUCUUGAGAUUCUCGGAACUGCCUUCUCCACUGGCUGCAAGGUCGAUGGCCGCAGCCCCAAGGACAUCUCCGAUGACAUCAAGGCCGGCGAGAUUGAGAUUCCUGAGGAGUAA